AUGGGGGAGCUGCGCCGCACCGACUCGGCGCUUACGGCCCUGGACGAGGACGUGCUGUGGGAGAUGCUGGACGGGCAGCGGCAGCGGCUAGUGUGCAGUGUGUCCCCCAGCCGCCUGACUCCCUACCUGCGGCAGGCGCGCGUGCUGGGCCAACUGGACGAGGAGGAGGUGCUGUACAGCCCGCAGCUGACCAACACGGCCAUGCGUGUGGGGCACCUGCUGGACCUGCUGAAGGCGCGCGGGAAGAACGGGGCCAUCGCCUUCCUGGAGAGCCUCAAGUUCCACAACCCCGACAUCUACACGCUGCUCACGGGGCUGCAGCCCGAUGUGGAUGGCAGCAACUUCAGCGGGCUCAUGGAGACGUCCAAGCUGACGGAGUGUCUGGCAGGGGCCAUCAGCAGCCUGCAGGAGGAGCUGAGCCAGGAGAAGGGGCAGAAGGAGGCUCUGCGGGCGCAGUGCCGGCGGCUGCAGGAGCGCUUGGACCUGGCGGAGGCCCGGGUGCAGGGCCUGAGCCAGCUGGAGGCCGAGCACGACCGCAUGAAGCGAGAGCUCAGCACCCACUUCCACGAGGUGCUGAAGCUCAAGGACCAACUUCUUGGGCUCUCGCUGCAGCACGGGCAUGCACUGAGGGAGAAGGAGCUGGCCAGCUCGCGCUGCCACCGCCUACAGGAGGAGCUGUACCUGGCACAGCAGGAGCUGCAGCGUGAGAAGCUCUCCUCCACGUGCGAGCGGGAGUUCCGAGCGCGCACCCUGGGGCUGGGCACGGCGCCCGACGGCCAGGAGGCGCAGGAGGAGAACAACAGGCAGCCGGCCCUGACCUUCAGCCUGGUGGAGAAGGACAUCCUGGAGCAGAGCCUGGAUGAGGCGCUGGAGAGCAAGCAGGAGCUGGUGGACCGGAUCCACUCCCUACGGGCCCGGGCUGUAGCCGCCGAGACGCAUCGCAAGCAGUGCUGGGAGGAGAAAGAGCAGACGCUGCUGCAGUUCCAGAAGGCCCAGGCGGACUGCGAGAUCUACCGGGCACAGGCGAGCACCCUGCAGAGCCAGGUGGCCGAGCUGCAGGAGGAGCGGGAUCAGGCCUACUCUGCGAGGGACGGCGCCCAGUUGGAGAUCUCGCAGAAGCUGACGGAGAAGGACGCGCUUCGCCGGCGUGUCUGUGAGCUGAGCCACGAGGUCUGUGAGCUGCGCCAGGAGCUGCGGCGGCUGCGGGCUGAGGCGCCGCACCCUGUCCCGCAGGACAUGGGGGGCAGGGAGCCCGGCCUCAGGGGGAAGCAGAGGCUGGUGCGCAUGUUCGCCCUCUGCCCACGCAGUGAGGACAGUGACAGUGACGGGGGCUCUCCCAACACCUCCGAGCUCUGGUCUGACCUGAGUGCCACGUCCAGCCGCGAGCUGGCAUCCAGCUUCUGCUCCAGCAGCCCGCUGCCCCCCAGCCAGCUGUCCCUGUGCAGACGGGGAGCGGACUUCUGGGAGGAGCCCUGGGCCUCCAGCAGUGGCUUCCUGGAGGUGCAGGAGGCCGACCUGCGCAGCUCCCUGGGAGCAAAGGUGGACACAGAGCUGGAUUAUGAGAUCGUGGACAGGGCAGACCUUCCUGAGUUGGAAUGCAGCCUGCAGCCACCGUCCACGGCCCUUGAUGCCUCAGUCAGCAGUGUGCAGGUGCGACGGCGGCGGCCGGCCUGCAAGGCCCCUGCCCACCCCACCGUGCUGGCCUUCCAGGGCCGCGGCCUGCUGGAGCAGAUCAGCGUCGUUGGUGGGAACCUUACAGGCAUCUUCAUCCACCGCGUCACGCCAGGCUCCGCAGCAGACCAGAUGGCUCUGCGCCCCGGCACCCAGAUCCUGAUGGUGGAGAGCGAAGCUGCCGACCCCGUGUUCAAGGCUGGCCUGGAGGAAACGACGCUGGAGCAGGCGCUGCGCCUCCUGGGGAGGGUGGCGGGCUUCUGCAGGCUGUCCGUGAGGCGCAACACGGAUGGGUACAAGAAGCUGCUGCAGGAGCUGGAGGCCCGGGCAGUCACCUCGGGGGACUCGUUCUUCAUCCGGGCCAACCUGGCCAUGGCAGAGCAGGCGGCCGGAGCACUUCCUGUGCGCUGCAAUGACAUCCUGCACGUCACCGACACGGUGUUCCAGGGUCGUGCCUGCUGGCACGCCACCCGCGUGGGCCCCUACAGCACCCAGGGCUCAGAGCGCGGCACCAUCCCCAACUAUGCUGGGGCCCAGCGGCUGCUCCUCGCCCUGAUCCAGGAACUGGCGCAGCAGAGCGGAAGUGCCCGCAAGGCUCCCGGGGGCCCCCAGAAGGUGGUCCGCAUCAUCAGCACAGACAGAGCUGAGGUGAGCCAACAGUGUUCGUCCUUCGAUGGGACCCAGCGGGACUCUGGCAGGGCGGAAGAGUCCCCCGGCGGGCGCUUCUGGGCACCGAGCAGCCUCACCCUGGCACCGUACACCCUGGUCCGCCCCCACCGGCCCCACCAGCCACGGCCGCUGCUGCUCGUGCCCCGGCUGGUGGGCAGGGUCUUGGGUGAGAAACUGGGCCUGCUCCAGGGCUUCACACGAUGUCCUGCAGAGCACCUGAGCCAGGAGGAGUAUGUGACCCUGAGCCAGCGGGGAGAGGUGGUCCUGGAGCGGGGGGCGCCCGGCAACCACUGCGGCCUCACCCGCCGAGCCCUGGAGGCCCUCAUGGAGAAGAACGUGCAUGCCGUCCUGGACGUGGGUGUGGCCAGUGCCCGCGCCCUGCACGGGAUGGACAUCUUCCCCAUCAUCCUCCACGUCUCCAUCAACGAGAAGGCAGCCAAGAGGCUAAGGAAGGCCCUGCAGAGACUGGGCAGCUCCGAGGAGCAGCUCCUGGAGGUGGCCCGGCAGGAGGAGGGCGAGCUGGACGGGGCUCCCUGCCUGGCGAGAAGCCUGGCCUCCGACAGCUGGGGUGACCUGGACGCCUUGCUGGUCUGUGUGCGCCAGGCGGUAGCUGAGGAGCAGAAGAAGCUGGUGUGGGUAGAGCAGGGUCCUGCCGCCCCCUGGAGACCCCGCUGA